UCAAUGCGCCUGCUCUCACUUUCCCAACCAACGCCAACUCACCACCACCACGCCCCUAUAUAGUUCUCCUUCUACGCACCUACUGCUGAGCACCUUUUGCGCCUUGCGCCUGCGGGCGAGAAGCUCUACCACCAGCGUGACCACCAUUUCUCCAGACCAUUAUUCCUCAUAACCUCACCCACUCCUCCCCUCCUCCCAUACAGAAAUAUUCAGUCCGACCACAAUGAGCAACUCAGUCCCCGAUCUCGAUGCCGUCGGCAUCAAAGCAGACCCCGAACUCGCCGACCAAUUCCGUCGCGAAGUUGCCACCCUCCUCGGCCGCAAUAAUCUCAACUUCCCCGGCGCGCAACCCGUCAGUUUCUCGACACGGCAUCUGACCGAGCUCCAACGAGAAGAUUACUACGUGUGCGAAAAGACCGACGGAAUUCGAUGUUUGAUGUACUUUGCGCGGGGCGAACCGGAUUCCGACACUCCUGAAAUCCACUACUUGAUUGAUCGCAAAAACGACUACCGCUACGUCCCGGGCUUGCAUUUCCCUUUACCGGACGAUGACACGUUUCAGCGCUUCCAUGUCGAUACGCUGGUCGACGGCGAGCUGGUCAAUGAUACCUACGAGGAUGGCACGCAGCAGCUCAAGUACCUUGUGUUUGACUGCUUGGUGCUCGAUGGGCAAAGUUUGAUGCAUCGGACGCUGGAUAAACGGCUCGCGUACUUCAAGGAGAAGGUGCUCAAGCCGUAUAAUGCGCUGUAUGAUCGGUUUCCCGAGGAGAAGCAGCAUCGGAUCUUUGCCGUGGAGGAUAAAUCGACGCAGUUUAGUUACGGCAUUGAGAUGAUGUUUCGGGAUAUUAUCCCCAAGGUGAAGAAGAUUCAUGGCAAUGAUGGCUUGAUUUUUACUUGUCGGAGUACCCCCUAUCGCAUCGGUACGGAUGAACAUAUCCUCAAGUGGAAACCGCCUAGUGAGAAUACUAUCGAUUUUCGAAUGCGCUUGGAGUUUCCCCUGUUGGAACCGGAUUCGGACGAUGAGGCUGAGGGUGUUACGGAGCCGUAUUACGAUUAUGAUGCCUUGCCUAUCUUUCAUCUGUUUGUUAUGCUCAAUUCGAAUGAGUACCGCCCCUUCGGGGAGAUGUAUGUCUCGCCGGAGGAGUGGGAGAAUAUGAAGGCGCUGCAGCAGCCGUUGGAUGAUGCGAUUGUGGAGUGCGCUCAGGAUGAGCAGGGGCGCUGGCGGUUUCAUCGCAUUCGGGAUGACAAGGCGGAUGCGAAUCAUAUCUCGACGGUGGAGAAGGUGCUAGAGAGUAUCCAGGACCGGGUGACGGAGGAGGAUCUGAUUCGGGUGGCUCCUGCGAUCAAGACGGCGUGGAAGAAGCGACAGGCACAGAUGUCGGAGCGAGGAAGACCCGGCAGUACGGCGCAGGUUAAUGGGAGUAAUGGGGUGAAGCGGAAGUUUGAGGAGUAGUUUUGAAUCCCUUGAGAAGUCAUGCUGCUAAGGGGUGAUGCUUUGACUGAUUCGGUUUGCGAGGCGUUUGGCGUUGGUUGGUUGGUGAUGGGGAUGUCUCAUCUCAUUUGCUGGGGGGUGAUGAUUGUAACUGUGUAUAGAUAAUGUGAGAUGGGCAAGAGAGGAUUAUGGCUAAAACGGGCUGGGCGGGUUUUGUAUAAUGCAAUGCAAUCUUUACUUUAGAUGAUUUGUUUGAAUACGAAAGUAC